AUGCAGCUCCCUACCGAGAAGCUCGCCGCUCUCCUCCUCGCCGUCCAGCCCUUCCUGGGCAUGGGCUCGGCCCUCGCCCUCGAGCCCCGCCAGGGUGGGUGCCCCCAGAUUCACAUCUUCGGCGCCCGUGAGACCACCGUCUCUCCGGGCUAUGGCUCCGCCGGCUCCGUGGUGGACUCCAUUCGCGCGGCUUUCCCCGGCGCCACCUCCGAGGCCAUCACCUACCCUGCCUGCGGCGGCCAGUCGAGCUGCGGUGGCAUCUCGUACGGCGACUCGGCCAGGCAAGGCACCGCUGCCGUCGCCCAGGCCGUAAACAGCUUCCAUCAGAGGUGCCCCAACAGCCAGAUCGUCCUGGUCGGCUACUCUCAGGGUGGUCAAAUCAUGGACAACGCCCUCUGCGGCGGCACCGAUCCCGGCUCGGGCAUCACCAACCCCGCCGUCCCCAUCAACGCCAGCGCCGUCAACGCCAUCAAGGCCGCCAUCUUCAUGGGCAGCCCGCGGUACCGCAACGGCCUGGCAGGCAACGUGGGCACCUGCACGGCCCAAGGCUUCGCCUCCCGCCCCGCCGGCUUCGUCUGCCCUUCGGCCGAUAAGCUGCGCAACUACUGCGACGCCCAGGACCCGUACUGCUGCACGGGCAACGACGCGAACCACCACCAGGCCUACGGCCGCAUCUACGGCCAGGACGCCCUGACCUUCGUCCGGGGCAGGCUGAGCAGCGUGCGGCGGUCAGGGAUGGAACGGCCCGACCUGCUGCUCGCAGGGUACUUGCAGGGAGCAGAACCCCUGGUACUCUCAGUGCCUGUAAGACUUAUACGCGAGAAGGUCGUUUGA